UGUGAGUAUUUUGAAUAAACCAAUUAAAUCAAAUGUUAUGACACUUUUAUAGAAUGAUUAGCACACGAUUAGCUUGACCUGUAUUUGGAUUAAAUAUUCAAGACCUCUUCAAUUCAAUGAUUUCUUGAUUUUUCUAUUUCCUGCUGAAAUUCUGGAUAUCAUUCAUCUGGAAUAUUACAAAGACUUGCAAAAAGAAUUAAAUUUUCCAUAAAUUUUAUUUACGACAUGACUCUGCGCAUGCUCAAUAAUUCGUUAUCAUGCGCAUUCGAAUUCGAGUGCGCAUUGUUUCAAAAACGGUUCUCGAGCUUUCCGCGCAUGCCCAAAAUAAUCCAUUAUAGAACGAAACGGACCGUUCUAAAAAUGUCACUUCUCGUAUUACAAAUCGCCAUUUUGCUCUUGUAGUUUCCAAUUUCAAAUCCGUUCACAUCCCAAGAUUGGCCAAACUUCCACUCGAAAAUUCCCAGUUUCGUUCCUAGUUCUUCACCAACCAGAAAAUUCGUGCAAUAUUUUUCUGUUAGCAACCGAGAACAAGUGAAGUGACAGUUUUGUUUUGAUCUGUUGGCGACCAAACUAAAAUGGCGUGUGCAACUUUGAAGAGAUCGUUAGACUGGGAGCCCGUUUUGGGAGGCCGUCCUGCCAAGAGAAGACGAUGUGUUCCGUUCUGCUCGAGCCCCACGCACGGAGGGCUAGGCUCCCCAGGGCCUUCGACUUCCAGCAGCCCUUCUGGGUCUACAUCACCCAAAAGUUCCGUAUUCCCAGACGUGUUGAACAAGAAGUUGACCCCAGAGAACUUGAUUGACAACUUGAAGGCUGAAAUCAAAAGACUGCAGAAACGUAAGCAGUUGCAGUAUAGCAAUAUGGAAAUGUCAGAUGGUGGGAGCUCAGGUGGAGAAUUUUGUGACUCUCCUUCACGUUCUGAUAAACCACUGUUUACCUUCAAACAGGUAAGUUUAAUUUGUGACAGAAUGCUGAGAGAGCGUGAGAUAGAGAUUAGAGAAGAAUAUGACAGUGUGCUGACAGCUAAACUUGCUGAACAAUAUGAUGCCUUUGUUAAAUUCACCUAUGAUCAAAUCCACAGAAAUUACAACAAUACUGCAACAACACCAAGUUAUUUAUCAUAAGUUGUGACCUACCUAAUCCAAGUACUUGUAGCUCGAUGCUAUAGCCACUUUUUACAGUUGUUUACUGUCGUUCAUAUACACAAAACAUACAAAUAUUGACAAGAAGUAAUGAGGAUAGUGUAUCUGCAGCAAGACGCCUUAGAUCAUAACCAUUCUUGCUAGCAUAAUAAUUGUAUAUAUAUUGAAUACUUGAAUAUACCACAUUCUUUUGUAAUAUCCUAGACAGUACAUAUUAAUAAUUAUUCCUGCUUGUCAUUUUUUCUUUCUGUACAUAUUAUUUCUGAGCAGAUAGAAGAAAUAUUUGCAUUAUGAUGGUUCUUCUUGAACAUUGUAUGAAUGAUGAUGGUUCAUAUAAACUUAGUGUGAUAGGCAAAUUUGCAGAAUGAUAACUUUAAAAUUGGAUGUCUAGAAGAUACCAGAACACCAAAACAAUUUAUAUAGAAAUGAGGUUACUUUGAAAUUUGUUUGCAGGG